AUGGCUGCUGUCACCCCCAAGCAGAAGGUGGUUGUGGUGGGCGCGGGACCGGUUGGGUCCCUAGCGGCGCUCUACGCGGCUUCCCGCGGCGACGAAGUGGAGGUAUAUGAAUUGCGCGGAGAUCUCCGUGACCCGACUACUGUGCCGUUGAACUUCACCAAGUCGAUCAAUUUGGCUCUUUCAGAGCGCGGAAUCAACUCUAUCCAAGAAGCGCACCGGAGUGGACUCGUCGAGAAUGUCCUUCGCAAUACAAUCCCGAUGUAUGGGCGGAUGAUUCACGGCCGAGACAACGGCGCGCUUUGGGAAGCGGCUCAAGCCUAUGACGUUCAUGGCCGGGCGAUCAACGCCGUUGAUCGUGGCGCAUUAAACAAUGCCCUCCUCGACGAGCUAGAGCGGGCACCGAAUGUCAAGCUCUUUUUCAAUCACAAACUAACAGGUGCCGACUUCUGCACUAAUAAGGCCUGGUUUGAGCGUCGCAUCCCAGGCGAGACACCCCAAGCCGAUGAUCUGGGCAUCGCAGGCCGAGUCCCCGAGAUCGAAGUCUCCUUCGACUGCCUUAUCGGCGCAGACGGCGCUCACUCCGCCAGUCGCUUCCACAUGAUGAAGUUUGCGCGCGUCGAUUACCAACAAGAAUACAUUGACACUCUCUGGUGCGAGUUCCGCAUCCCACCCACUAAAGACGGCGAAUUCGCCAUCUCCCCGAACCACCUACACAUCUGGCCAGGUCGCGAAUUCAUGUUUAUCGCCAUUCCCUCUGCGGACAAAUCCUUCACAUGUACCCUCUUCGCGCCAUCCGCACACUACGCCGCCCUUCAAAAUUCCCCACAGGCUCUCCAGGCUUCGUUCGAUGAGCAUUUCCCCGGCGUUUGCCCCGAGUUGAUCGACCCACAAGCCCUAGUGGAGCAAUUCGCUAUCAACCCGCACUUACCCCUCAUCAGCAUUAAAUGUAAACCGCACCACUACAGCUCUAGCGUUGCGAUCAUCGGUGAUGCCGCACACGCUGUACUUCCAUUCUACGGCCAAGGUCUGAACGCUGGCCUAGAAGAUGUGCGUGUCCUGUUCGAGCAGUUAGACAAGCAUGGCGUCUACGAUUCGGAUACAAGCGUGUACACUCGUAGCGUGCGCCGACAAGCUGCUUUCCAAGCGUAUACGAACCAGCGAUGCGAUGAUACACACGCUAUCAACGACCUCUCGAAGCAGAAUUACCUUGAGAUGCGCUGGGGCGUCAAGUCGCCGCUGUAUAAGCUGCGGAAAACCAUCGAGGAGACAAUUGACCAGCGCUUGCCCUUCCUUGGGUGGAAGACGCAAUACGCUCGUGUCAGCUUUAGUAACCAGCGCUACUCGGAGGUUGUGGCUGCUGUGCAGAGACAGAGUGAGCUGCUGGGCUUGGGUCUCAGCUCAGCUUUGGUUGUCAGUGUAGGCGCCUUGGCUCUGCUGCUGUGGAGGUACCCAAGAGAAGCUUCGCCCGUAGGAAUUGUGCGGUGCGGCUUGAGACAGCUGGCGAGAUUUUGGAGAGGGGUUGUGCAUAGGUGA